AUGUCUUCUUCUUCUCUUUCGACGAAUUCGGAUCCGGAAACUGCACCAUUGAUCCCCCAACCUCCCUCAAUCCCUUUUCCAGUACCAUGGCUUCAGCUAACACCUCUCAUGUUACUUCGAGUCCUAGACGCACUGACAUACUCUAUAAUUUUCCCUUACAUCGUAGCAUACAUAACUUCCAUCCCGUCCGUUCCACCCGACAAGAUAGGUUUGUAUGCAGGUUUGGCAGAAGGUUCUCUUAUGGUCGUGGAAGCUCUUAUGGCUCCCUUUUGGGCUUACAUGGCAGAUAAAGUUGGAAGGAAGAAAUGUUUGGUUUGGGGUUUUGCGGUGGUCGUCGGUGCAAUGGGGUUAAUGGGAUUUGGGGAAAGUGUUGGGUGGAUUAUAGUUUGGAGAGCUUGUUACGGUCUUAAUCCCGGUCCAGUCAUUUCCAGAACAAUAUUCACAGAGCUCUCUCACCCUUCCAAUCGAGCAUUGAUAUUCUCAAUCUGGGGACCCCUAUUCAGUGUGGGGAUAUGCCUGGGUACUUUCCUAGGUGGAUUACUGGCAGAACCAUAUGGGAGAUUACCCCGUUGGGUGGGGGGUGAAAAUGGACUAUGGAUGAAAUGGCCUUAUGCCUUACCAGGUGUGGUUUGCGUUGCGUUAUCCGUUUUCACAUUGAUCUUAUGUCAGAUUAUGACAAAAGAUAUCUACCCUAUAUGUGAACCCCUGGACCAGACUCGACCUGCCACAUUGAUCCAUAGGGACGAAGAAGAAGAUCAUGUGGUGUCAAUCCCGGGUAGGAGAAAGAGCAAAUUCAUAAAGACUUUGGAUAUACCGGACUUCAAGACAAUUCUCGUUUGUUUCUGUGCUACAUUUGCAUAUGAUGGUUUCUUCACUGUUUUCAGCUACACCUCCGUGCCUCAAGGUGGUUUAGGACUUUCAAUUCAAACCAUCGGUAUUGUAGGAUCUAUAUCAGCUAUAAUGAACUUUAUCCUCUCCCCUUUAUUGGUACCCCGCCUUCAACCCCGAAUAGGUAUCAGACGAUUCCUCUCCAUGACUAUCGGGACAAUCCCAAUGGAAGCGAUACUUAUACCUGGCUUUCAGAAGAUCGCCACACAUGGGAAAGUGGCGAUAUAUUCUGGUUUGGCUGUGCAAUUGCCUUUGAAGAAUUUCCAUUUGAUGGCUUGGCCGCUGAACGACCAGCUUACUGCUGGGUGCUUCGAUGGUCACCCCGAAUUGUUGGCUACGGGAAGUGCCAUCGUGUUGAUAGCUGGUGCUGGUGGAAGAGCUAUUGGACCUACCAUUGCGGGAUGGAUGUUCUCCAUCGCGACACAAUUUCCCACCGGAUCGCUGGGCAGACAAAUCUCAUGGAUCUCUCUUCUCGGCAUAUCUCUCUCACCCCUGAUUGUCACUUUUUACCUUCCCAAGAAGCUGGGAAUUCCACAACAGGAGAGUAUUGAUCAAAAUUCUAGUACAGUGGAUGGCGUCGAGAUCGAACAAGACUGA